AUGGAGCUUGGGACGGAUAAGUGUGCGGUCGUCCAUGUCGAAAGGGGUAAGGUCGCUAAUACGGAGGGCAUAGACCUAUCUAUGCCCGUUAACAUAAGGACCCUCUCUGAGGCUGAAACAUACCGAUACCUGGGUAUGUCACAAAACAUGUGUAUCGAUGAGGCUGCCAUGAAACAGUCAGUUCGUGACGUGUUUUUUGCACGCCUGACAAAGGUGUUUAACAGCCAUUUGUCAGGCGUGAACAAGGCACGCGCAUUUAACGGCUUGGUCAUGCCAGUCCUCAUGUAUACCUUUGGCAUACUCAGGUGGACUCAAACUGAGCUCAACGCCCUGGAUCGAAAAGUCCGCACAACUAUGACGUCCCACAGAAUGCAUCAUCCGAGAUCGUCAGUGAUGAGGCUGUACCUGCCGCGGAAGCAUGGCGGGAGGGGCUUUUUAAGCGCCCUCACCAUGCACAAUCGCGAGGUGUGCAGCCUCCGUAACUACUUUCUGGCGAGAUCGGAUGAAUCAAUCUACACGGACGUCAUUAGUUGUGAUAAAGGACUUACCCCUCUAUCCUUAGCCAACGAGCAAUGGCAGGACCCGGGAAUACUGAGCGUUUCCGACCGAGAGACCGUAUGGAAGGAGAAAGAGCUCCACGGGAGGUUCUACAAGGCUCUACACGAGCCUUUCGUAGAUACCGUUGCCUCCCUUAACUGGCUACGUUUCGGUGACCUCUUUGGGGAAACCGAAGGUUUUGUCUGUGCGAUACAGGAUCAGGUUAUUAAGACGAACAACUAUCGGAGAUACAUCCUAAGGGAUGGCACCAUCGAUAUCUGUCGAGCUUGUCGCCAUCCCGGGGAGUCGCUACGGCAUGUUAUCUCCGGUUGUUCCAUGCUUUCUAACUCUGAGUAUCUGCAUAGACACAACCUAGUAGCCAGAAUUAUACACCAGGAGCUCGCUCUGAAAUACGGACUCGUGGAACGGAAACUGCCGUACUACAAGUACUCUCCGGAGGCCGUGCUCGAAAAUGACCGCGCCAGGCUCUAUUGGGACCGGCCCAUCAUCACGGACAGGACGAUUGUCGCGAACAAACCUGACAUCGUGGUGAUGGACCGGGCACAGUCGCGGGUAUUUUUGGUCGACAUUACCAUUCCAUAUGACGAGAACCUCGUGAAAGCCGAAACAGAUAAGAAGACGAAGUAUCUGGACCUGGCUCACGAGGUGACCGACAUGUGGGGUGGUGUGCCGACCGAAAUUAUCCCAAUAGUCGUGUCUGCGAAUGGGUUAAUCCCAGUCAGCCUCUCCGAACAUCUGAGACGACUGGGACUCCGCGACGGAACGCUCCAAGCUCAAAUGCAGAAAGCGGUGCUCCUCGAUACCGCCCGCAUCGUCCGCCGGUUUCUCUCCCUAUCGCCC